AUAAAUCUGAAGAUUUCCAAGCUCAGCGCUAGAGCAUUUAGUUAUGCGUCUCAUCACUGAACUGAACUGGAAGAUAUUUGAAUAAUCUUGCUAGAGAACAUGCCUGAGAAUUUCAUGGCACUUAACCAGACUCUAUCCCCUGCUGCAGACAGUACAGCUUCUCUGAAAGCAUCUAAUGGAAGUGCUACUUUGUAUCAAGAUGAUAGUGAUGACCUGUCACCGGGGCUGGAAAUACUGGUAAUAAUAUCCGUCACAUAUGCCGUUAUCAUUUCAAUUGGUCUCCUUGGGAACACAAUACUUAUAAAAGUAUUCUUCAAAAUUAAGUCAAUGCAGACCGUUCCUAAUAUUUUCAUUACAAGCCUGGCUUUUGGAGACCUGCUUCUUCUGCUGACCUGUGUUCCGGUGGAUGCUUCCCGCUACAUGGUAGACACAUGGCUAUUUGGAAGAAUUGGCUGCAAGAUCAUAUCAUUCAUACAGCUUACUUCAGUUGGGGUAUCUGUGUUUACCUUGACAGUUCUCAGUGCUGACAGGUACAGAGCCAUUGUGAAGCCCCUGGAACUGCAGACCUCAAAUGCGGUCCUGAAAACAUGCGGCAAAGCGCUUUGUGUCUGGAUGAUUUCAAUGCUGCUCGCUGCUCCAGAAGCGGUCUUCUCGGAUUUGUAUGAAUUCAGAAACCCCGAAAAAAACACAUCUUUUUCAGCUUGCGCUCCUUAUCCGGUAUCGGAGAAAAUACUGCAGGAGGUGCAUUCUCUGAUGUGCUUCUUGGUGUUUUACCUUGUCCCAUUGUCAAUUAUUUCUGCCUACUACUUCCUCAUUGCAAAAACACUCUACAAAAGCACAUGUAACAUGCCUGCGGAGGAACACACGCACGCCAGAAAGCAGAUUGAGUCUCGGAAAAGAGUCGCAAAGACGGUGUUGGUGCUGGUUGCUCUCUUUGCCUUCUGCUGGCUGCCAAACCACAUUCUCUAUUUGUACAGAUCCUUUACGUAUCACUCGGCUGUAAAUUCAUCAUUGCUUCAUCUAUCGGCCACUAUAUUCGCCCGGGUAUUAGCGUUCAGCAAUUCCUGCGUCAACCCAUUUGCACUGUAUUGGUUGAGUAGAAGUUUCAGGCAACAUUUCAAAAAGCAAGUAUACUGCUGUCAGACACAAGCACCACCGAGCCAGCUGAGCCCUACGCACAGCAGUACCGCCACAGGGAUUACCGCCAUUAAAGGCAACAUACAGAUGUCGGAGAUCAGCGUAACCUUACUGGGAGGUUAUGACAUGAAGAAAGAGAGUGACAGCAUUUAGCAUUAUAUGCUUCUAGAAAUGUAUAUAUAUUUAUACAGUAACAUUGUUUUUACUCCAUUGUUAUGUUCUGUUUACUAUUAGGUUGGUUUUUUUUUUAAAAUCUUGUUACUAUAGUU